AUGGGUGUGACCUUUGUAAGGGCUACCCGUUGUCAGGUCCCUGCUCCUCCCACUUGCCUCAGCGAGUACUCCAAGCUCUGUGGCACGGGCGAGAAGAAGGACGCCGCGUGCGCCACCAUGGUCGACAAGGCCUGCGGGGGCACCGAGAAGGAGGCCAGCAGCGUCGCCCACAUCGAGCACUUGUUUGCCGAGCUCUCCUCGGUCGGUCAGAAGGUGCUUCAAUUCAAUAUGCUGUCCACGUCUGGUGGGCAGGAUGCCCUCAAGGAAUCCGUGGACAAGCAUGGCGGCUGCCCCGGCAACAAGACGGUCUAUCUAUAUUCUGCCCAAUGCAGCGCGGACUGCAACGAGGCAUGCUCUAACCACUGCGACAUGGACUGCCCCUACAUAGCCGCAAGAUUUGGCUACAUCAUGGCUACACCUGCCAAUAAGAAAGCCAUCGACCAAGACAUGGAAUGCUUCAAGCGUUGCUCAAAGGAAAAGGAUGCCACAAAUGACAAAUGCCGCGUUGCAUGCAAGCUGGCUGCCUCGCUCCCUUGAAAAUGCAUACUCUCUCUUUUUUUAACCCAUGCUUCAUUCAUCUCUCUUUUUUUUUUUAAACGUGCCGUCUUAUUCUCGUAAAAUCUAUCUAUCUAUCUAUAAAUAAAAGAGCAGCAAGUAAACCUUUUACUUUUCUCUC